AAAGCAAUCUGGGCAUCUGCAUGAUUCCAAGGGUUCUUUCAGGGAAUCGAUUGCAUUUAAACCAGUUUCGUAGUGGAUUCAUCUCUAUUGUAUAAAUAGACCUAUUGCUAUUGCCUUAAGGGCCUUAACUGAGAUUACAUUCAGAAGCAGAAAAGUCUUAAUAGGCUAGCUACACAGCUGAACUUCAGGUAUGAUCAGCAAAAGCAUGCAGACAUGUGUCCCUGGAACUUCCUUCCAAAGGAGACCUGGUUUUCUAGAAACGGUGCAUGAUGUUUCUACUCUAGCUGAAGUAAAAGGCAGGGAGCAGCCUCUUGAAGCCAAGCAGGUAACUGGUUAUUUCCUGUAUCCUAUUUGACAUCUUUGUGUUAUAUCUAAGCACUCUGUCAAAUACACACACACAAUCUGUUCUUGCAGCAGCUUUGUAACACUAUCACAAGUACUACCUGAGCGUCACCCCAGCAGAGAAUUAACAGUUCCAAUCUUAGCUUGGAUUAUUAUGAUUAAUGUUGACCCAAGUCUAAAUUGUGCUGACAUCAAAAACACAGGGCUUAGCUGUGGUGGUUUUUUUUAUAAAAGGAACAGUGCUAGCUUAGCUUGGAACAGUCCAGCAAAUGUAAGAAGGAGAUUUAUAGAGAAAUACAGAGAUCUAUACUUGUUGAAGAAGCCAAAUACCUACAAAGCUGCCACCAUGAAUGGAACAGAAGGUGAAAAUUUCUAUGUCCCCAUGUCCAACAAGACCGGAGUUGUUCGGAAUCCAUAUGAGUAUCCUCAGUACUAUUUGGCAGAACCGUGGAAGUUCUCUGCGUUGGCUGCCUACAUGUUUCUUCUGAUUCUUCUGGGAUUCCCAAUCAACUUUCUGACUCUCUUUGUCACAGUCCAGCACAAGAAACUCAGAACUCCUCUGAACUACAUCCUUUUAAAUUUGGCCAUAGCCAAUCUCUUCAUGGUCUUAAUAGGCUUCACCACUACCAUGUACACAUCUAUGAACGGAUAUUUCAUUUUUGGAACGGUAGGAUGCAACAUUGAAGGCUUCUUUGCUACAAUGGGCGGUGAGAUAGCCCUGUGGUCUCUGGUUGUCCUGGCUGUUGAAAGAUAUGUGGUGGUCUGCAAGCCUAUGAGCAAUUUCCGCUUUAGUGGGACCCAUGCCAUCAUAGGGGUGAGUUUCACUUGGAUCAUGGCCUUGGCAUGCGCUGGUCCUCCUCUCUUUGGAUGGUCAAGGUAUAUCCCAGAAGGUAUGCAGUGCUCUUGUGGAGUUGAUUAUUAUACACCAAACCCACAAGUUCACAAUGAAUCCUUUGUCAUCUACAUGUUUCUGGUGCACUUUGUCACACCAUUGACUAUUAUAUUCUUCUGCUACGGUCGCCUUGUCUGCACUGUUAAACAGGCAGCGGCUCAGCAGCAGGAGUCUGCCACCACCCAGAAAGCUGAGAAAGAAGUCACCCGCAUGGUCGUUAUCAUGGUCAUUUCCUUCCUUGUUUGCUGGGUGCCCUACGCCAGUGUUGCUUUCUACAUCUUCACUCACCAAGGGUCAGACUUCGGCCCUGUAUUUAUGACCAUCCCGGCCUUCUUUGCCAAGAGCUCUGCUAUCUACAACCCGGUGAUUUACAUCUUAAUGAACAGACAGUUCCGUAACUGUAUGAUCAGCACCCUCUGUUGUGGAAAGAAUCCGUUGGCUGAGGAGGACACGUCUGCAGGCACUAAGACUGAGACUUCCACCGUCUCCACAAGCCAGGUUUCCCCUUCAUAGAUCUACCAAGGAAACCUUGGGCUUCAGACUGUUUCAUUUGCAUGACUGUAUUCUUUUCACCCCUGCCGUCUCUAUCACUCUCUGCAGCAUGCCACCUGCAAUUCACCUGGCAGGGCAGAAUGGACUCUUCAUUUUCUGACAGCUGCUAUCAGAGAAAUGGGCCUGUAUAUAUAUUUGUGGUGCAAAUCAACUCAGGCCCAAGGCUGCGAUGUCGCAUGAGUUCAUGGCCCUAAUAUGCCUGCCUCUAAAACCAUAUAUUCCCUGCAAAUUGACUUACCUGCUUGGUGCAGCAUUUGCAUCUGAUUUUCGUCUUCAGUCAUAUGGCCUGUGUACAUAAGGUUGUCUGGGGCCAAUUGGCUGUGCUGAUGGAUGCAUUGCCAUGGUUAAAUUUCCAUUUUCCUCCUAGGUUCUUUUCUGAGCUUUGUACAGAAUGAACAGCUGAACAUUCAUGCGUAGCGAAGAGACCUGUUUUGUUUUCGUUGUAGCUGUUGUUGCUCGUUUCUUAUUAUGUAGAGAGACUUAUCAAAGCUUAAUUUAUGGAAGCGUAAUCAAAGAAAAAUGUAUAAUUUGAAACUCACUUUUGUGAACUGGGAGUGUGGGCAAAUAGGGAAACCAGGACAUCUCUUUUGUAGCAUGAAGUGGGUUGGCCUUUCUUCAGAUUGCUUCAACUUUCAAUGCAAUAAAACUGUGGUAUACCACAA